UACCACCUCUUCAACUCCAAACUUUCUCCCCCCUGUCUUAAAUCCAGGUGGAAAUUUAAAUACAAGAGGGGGCUUAUCUAGAGUCGUGUCAACCAAAGAUCCAUCAAUUUUCCACCCCCUCUCUAUAUAUAUAGAGAGCCGAUAUAAAAGUAGCUUUUAAAGCUGGGUAUCUACUAGAUUAUUCAAGAAAGCAAAAGGGGUUUGUGAGAUCGCCGGCCGGAUGUCGAGGGGCCCACUUGCUUAUUUUCCGGUGAUGGGUACCGGAAAGGUGUCUUCUUUGAGUUCAAAUUGGUGGGUGGACAUAAAUGAGUCAACUCAGUGGCAAGAUGCAAUCUUUUUUGCUCUUUGUGCUGCCUAUGCUCUUGUUUCUGCUGUUGCUUUGAUACAAUUAAUAAGGAUUGAAGUUAGAGUGCCUGAGUAUGGUUGGACAACUCAAAAAGUAUUCCAUCUCAUGAACUUUAUUGUAAAUGGAGUUCGGGCCAUUGUGUUUGGGUUUCACGUACAAGUGUUUAAUCUGCAUCCUAGGGUAUUAGUUUUGGGAGUACUGGAUCUUCCUGGGCUGCUCUUUUUUUCAACAUACACACUUCUUGUCCUAUUUUGGGCAGAGAUCUAUCACCAGGCAAGAAGUUUACCAACAGAUAAACUCAGGAUUGUUUUUAUUUCAGUUAACGGUGUGGUGUAUGCCAUACAGGCUUGUAUCUGGGCAUACGUUUGGGUAAAUGACAAUGACACUGUUGAAUUUAUCGGAAAGAUGUUUAUCGCAGUUGUAUCGUUGAUUGCAGCUCUAGGUUUUCUGAUAUAUGGAGGAAGGUUAUUCUUUAUGCUGAGACGCUUCCCUAUCGAGUCUAAGGGAAGAAGAAAGAAACUUCAUGAGGUUGGAUAUGUGACAGGCAUCUGUUUCUCUUGUUUCCUAAUCAGAUGUUUUGUGGAAGUUCUUUCUGCAUUUGAUUCAGAUGCUACACUCGACGUACUAGAUCAUCCAAUUCUAAACUUGAUCUACUACAUGCUAGCUGAGAUCCUUCCCUCAGCUCUUGUCCUUUACAUCCUGAGAAAGCUGCCACCCAAGAGGGUAUCAGCACAAUAUCAUCCGAUCCGUUAGCUGAUGGGGACACCUUGUUAUAUCAUUUGAACUUCUGGUACAACAUCAAACGUGACUUGAGUUGGACGCGGAAUGGUUCACAAUACUUGCAAUUCUCUCUGAAUGUAUGAUAGACCGACCCAUUGCAACAAAUUGUUAAGAGAUAUUAUUUGUUCUCUCUGUGGGUUUUGUGGAUGGAGAAAGUAGAAUUUAUUUCCAUCAUUUUUAUUAUUCUCUUUAUGUAUGCGGGUGACAUGCGUAUUUAAAUUUUCAAGGCGUUGGCUUGUAUUGAUGAUUGUAACUCUUUUUGUAAAGAUGUUUCUGGCAUAAACAUUUUGACUAUGAAUAUCUUGAAUUUGAGAAAUAGAAA